CAACGAAUAUUCCUAAAUGAAAAAUCGUUGCGCAUACUUAUUCAGACUUAUGUUUUCAAUUUCUGAAUUAAAAAUCUGUAUUACCGGUAAAAACCCCAGAAUUCAUAAUAAAAUAAACAUAUAAUAGCAGAGAACGUAAAUGAAUAAUUAAUCAUUUACGUUCUCUGAUUUAAGCAUAAAAAUGAAAAUGUACAGCGCCAUCUCAUCGUCAAAUUUUACAUUUUUAAUGUGGACAGAAACAAAAACUCAAAUCAGAGAACGUAUAUUAUAAUAUAGUGCCAUAAUAUACGUUCUCUGCUCAAAUGGUUAUUACGAAAAAAAUAAAUCUUAAAGGAUAGAUCUGGUAAGCCUAAACAAACAGCUGAUUUAUUAAAUUAAAAUUCAGCACACACCACACAGUUCGCGUAAUACAGAUAUUUAUGAAUAAAGUGCUUUAGCAAAGCCAAAAAAUGUUACAAUUUGCUAGAAUUGCUAUAAGAAGUGUUGCUGUCAACCACCGGACGGCCGUAACCCCACUUUUAAACAUUUCAAUAACUCGGCGAAAUUUUAGUGCACCUGUGGAAAAUAAAGAUGAACCCAUUGAUAUACCUAACCCAUUCGAAAAAGAGCGCCGUAUAUGCAUUCUUUGCAAACACAAUAUAGUUCCAGAUUAUAAAAAUGUUAAACUACUAUCCCAGUUCCAGUCACCUUACACAGGUCGUAUAUAUGGUCGGCAUAUUACUGGCUUGUGUAAACAAAAACAAGAACAAGUAGAGAAAGCAAUUAUUCGUGCACAAAAUUGCGCUAUGAUGCCGACGUACCACAAGGAAAUGGACUUUAUGCAAGAUCCGCGUUUGUUUGAUCCUGAAAAACCGAUACGCCCCCAUAAAUACUAAAUGACGUAAAGCAAUUCUUAGGUAUUUAAUUUUAAAAGUUUUAAUUUUCGCUAACCGCAUUAGGAAAUAAACAUCUUGUUAAUUCUGAAAAUGUGUGUAACUUUGUUUGUAUUUAUGUAAUCUUGUUUUAUUUAACGAAUGCAAAUGUAUCUUGUAUUUUUUCCAGAGCUCUUGCAAAAUCUGCCUUCCACUCUUCUACAGCCCGAUUAAGUUCCGCUAUGCGUUGUGUGUGUUGCUUACGACGUUCAAGUUCCUCUUGUACGAUUUUUAUUUGCUCCAGUAAAGAUUCCUUUGAAACUUGCAAAUCUCCAUCUUGUUGGGAUUGCACUAUACUUUCCUCGUCUUUAUCACAAAAUUCUGUCGGAAUAUUCAGUUUUACAACCAAUUUUGAUCCAGGUGUCUGAAUGUGUUUAGACUUAUCUUUCAUGGAUGUAUUAAGUUUUAUAUCUUCCAUUUUUAAAAAAGGAGUUCGGUUUUUCGUAAGCCGUUUACCGAUUUUUUUUAAAUAGAAAUUAAAAAAUACUAAAAUUUUUCAGUUGAAAUUUAGCAAAUAUUGUUUGGAAAAUAAUUAGGAAUUGAUUGAAAUUAGUUACUUUGAUUUCUCUAGCGUUGCGUUUAAUGUCCUUUUAUUCUAUCAAAAGAAAGAUACAUGAAGUAUAUAUAAACAAAACUACGUUUUUUUUGCUGUUGAUGUACAAUAUCGUUUUUUACGAAACCGAUUAAAAUUUUAAUUUGUUUUUCUUCAUUUUUCUUUUGUCGACUUUUGUGAAAAAACUGAAAAAAAGAAAGAAAAAUGCAAAACUUGUAUAAAUAUAAAUAGAAAUUCUUGCCAUAAACCAAGAAAAUGAAGUCGAUAUUCAAUAUAAUUGACUGGCAUGUAUUUAUAUUUCGUGUACACCCUUUAUUACAGGUUCCAUAUUGUCAUUCAGCAAAACUGCUGAGUUUCAGAGAUAAACUAGUCAUCUGUCAAAAUAGCACCUGACAAGCGAAGAUAACAGAAUAACUAACAAAUUUUAACAUAAAUUGAACGAAUGGUGCGGUGUGUGGAACAGUAAAUUCUUAACACUAUUUCCUUGUUACUAAAUAUUUCUGUUUAUUUGCGUUUAUUUAUUAAUUUUGCGGAUAUUGUAGAGUAUUUUUGUGCACGAAUUAACAGAAUAAGCAAAAAACAAGGGUGAGGUCGAGCAAGCAUAAUUCGUGACGCGAAUACCAAAGUGACGGCAAUAUUCGACGCCAUUUUUUAACAUAUGUAUGUAAGACUAAUUACCUAAAAAAGUGGUUGGUAAAGAAAAGUGCUGGUGUGAUCAGAAGCAAAGCUAAAUGAGCUUAAUUAAUUUCCUGAAUUCCAAACUAAAGCCUUCCGUAGAAUGCGAAGCUCUAUGUGAAGAUGGUUUUUCUGCAAACAAUUUGAUUGCAGACGAUGCAGAACAACUUACACGGGGCUUCUUGGCGUAUGCUGUUUCUAAACCGCCUGUGGAGAUUGUUUUCGACUUCCCCAAAGCUGUGGAAGUGAAGGUAAUCAAGUUAUGGAAUAGCAAUGGUGCUCUACGUUCGACCGCUUUUGAGCUACAUGGGAAGUUCGAGGGUAUUUGGGAACGUGUUGCUUAUGCUCGUGACCUUGCUGAGGGCGUCGAUUCUGUAACGUUUUGCUAUCAAAGUGAUUAUAAUUCGCGUAGUAAUGCGGAAAGUGCAGCUACUCAAGCUCAAAGCAAAAAGGCAUUUUUCUUUAAGACAGCGCACCGAUUACUCGCCAACGCCAGUAGUUUAAAAAUAAUAAUUUGUGCUACGAAGCGAUGUCCACCAGUGCUGCGAAAAAUCGAAGUAUGGGGGUUGCCUUCACGAUCAUUGGAGAAAGCCGAUCGUGAACUUGUUAAAACAAUCUGGAGUGAGAUAGUCAACCCGCAUGGUUUUCAAACGCCACAAGACAGGAAUCGUCGCUCACCAACACGUAGCAUACCAGAAUUAAAUGAGUACUCAACAUUGAAAAUACCAGAAGAGUUUCUGGAUGAGAUCACCUGGGAGCUAAUGAUUUUUCCUACUGUACUUCCGUCAGGUAAAAUCGUGGACCAAUCCACAAUAGAUAAGCAUUCUGAAGUGGAGUCUAAAUGGGGCCGUCUGCCAUCGGAUCCUUUUACUGGCCUUGAAUUUACCUCACAACGCAAAGCAAUUCUUAACCUCGCCCUGAAGGCACGCAUAGAAAAGUUCCUUAUGGAAAAUUCCGAACACUUUAAAACAGUACCACGUUCACUAGGGAGUUCCUUUGUUCGACGCAGCAAAAAUCGACAUGCCUCACAGUUUGCAAGCUUUUGCCAACGUCACAAUUCCAGUAUCGGUACUUACUCAUCAUUAUCGGCGGCAUUUUACAAGUCUUCUUCACAAGCUUCCGCAACAGCUACAUCAUCAUCAAUACCGCCGCCAAAACGGGCCAGACUUACUGAUAACGCUACAUAUCGGCUGGAAACAUCCCUUACCUCUACAACAACACACACCACAUCCAGUACUCCAUUGUCACUUUCCUCAAAGUCAAUGCCAUUUUCAAUGGCAGCUUCAUCAGCCUUAUCGACAGCAUCUUCCACCACAAUUCCAACAGGCAUCGAUCAAGCCAUUCAAGAAGCAUUAAAAAAUGUCACACGCUAUACAUGUACGCCCGCAGAAACGAAGCCACCAGUCACAUGUAUAAGUUGUAAAACGGAACAUUUCUCAUAUGAAAUUAUUACAUGUGGGCAUCUGGUAUGUCGUGCUUGCUUAGUACAGUUAACAAAGGACGAAAUGUGCACAUGUAAAGCGAGCUUUCGCACGAUCGAUGUUGAACGUUACCAUAAAUUGUAAGCGUUCACGUAUUUGGCGGUGUUAACGUUAGAACUGAUUAAUGAGCAUAAAUGAAGUCAUUAAAGUGCUAGUUUGGUUUUAUAAUUUGCCUCAUGUUUGUUCGGUCACUGUUAUGAAUCGUUGGCAAGGUUAACUGUGCGGUUUAGCGACACAGAGGCUUGUACAAUUUUUGUUAACGUUGUCCAAGUGAAAGAAAUUAAAUAUUGUUGCAAAGUAUUUCAAAAUGCUCAUUUAGAGUAUUAUUAAAAGGCUUUAAUGAAACAGAUUUUGUGAUUCAUAUGAUUCAUACGCUUAUGUUCAUAAAUACAUUGAUAUUUUUUAUUAUUUUGUAGUUUUUAUUUUCCAACGAUUUGUAACAGAGCUACUGAAUAGUUAUUUAGUCUCAGGCUAGUUUUUAAUAAUACUUAAUCACAUAAAAAUAAACAUGAAAAUAAUAAAAAAAACUGGAUUUCAUUACACAAUGACUAACGCGUUAUAGCGAUACAUUUAGCGUUGGUUAAAUAUAUAAACUUGAAAUUAGCAUUUACAUACAUGCAUUAGAAUGUAUGUAGCUCUGUUCCAUUUGUGUUUUAAAAGUUAUUUGAAUUAUCGAAAAUUUGGUUUAUGAAUCCAAUAUAUAUUCUCGGCUUAUAUAUAAUUGGACAUACAAUAAUAAAUAUAUGAUAAGACAAAAACAUAUGUAUAUGGACUAUAACAUUUGCAAACAUAAAAAUAUAUACUCCACAUUAAGAGGUAAAUAUGUGCGUAUACUAAUCCGGAAUUAAAUAAACCCCAUAAAAAUAUCCAAAUAAAAAUAUUUACAUUGAAUAAAAUAUUUCAAAUUAAUAAAACAUGUUUUUGUUUCAAUGAAGGGCUUGAAGAUAAUUGUAAUACUAUUUACAUUAACACAUUUCAUGUAAUUAUUUAUACUUUUAAUACUUUAUUGGUAAACAUGUUCUCGAACAAGUACAAGAUUACCUCAAUUUAGUUUCCACUUAGUGAUUUUUCGUAUUCAUACUUCAGCAAACGAAUUUUGCGUGUUUUUCCACCUCCAUAUUUAAUAUCACCAUUCUUUGACACCACACGAUGACAAGGUAUUACUAUAGAUAUUUCAUUACUACCAACAGCUGUACCUACUGCUCGCACUGCAUUAGGGUUUCCAAUUCGAUUAGCGAUAUCUCCAUAUGUACAUGUCUGACCAGAGGGUAUUUUUAACAAUUCAUUCCACACAGCCUCUUGAAACGGAGUACCAGAUACGACAACAUUGAGAAUCAUUUCUUCUUCACUAAAUAUUCUAUUCGCCAGAACUCGCGCUUGACUCAAGUCUUCCAAGAGCAGAGCAUUUGGCCAACGUUUCUGCAGGAGCGACUCAUAAUUGUUUGUUAUAUUUUCCUUGUCUUCACUUUUAGCAAAGUGUAAAUAGCAAAUAGCGUCAUUCGCAUCUUUAAGGAAACCCAAUACGAUGUCGCCAAAUUGACUGUCAACAAUGCCAUAUGAUAUUCUAACAGGUUUUUUAUUACCAAAGGAUUUAAGAAUAACUUGUUUAGAUCCUAGCAUUCCGAUGAUAUCAUUAGUGAAGUAAUUGAAUAGGUUGCUUUGUUAUGAUAUUUGCGUUUUUUUUUUGCUUCUGCCUGUUUGGUGGAGUUGCCGGACAUUAAUUUAAAUACUUUUUAUAUAUACAUAGAUAUCAAUUAUUACAAAGCAUAUGAUUAAGUACAACAAUUUUCAUAUACUCAACAUCCAUUAUUUAAAAGUUCAAAUGAGUAAACAAAUUUUAUUGAAACAUCCGGGUGUCAAGAACUUACCUUCUUAAUGAAAGCCUUUUGAAUCUAUAAAACAAAAUAAAAUACUAUAACAUAAAUUUUAACACGCAUAUUAAAACGCUUCUGCCAUUAUUGAUGGAAAUUGCACCAAUAAUAGUAAGUAAAAUCCAUCUCCUUGUGGCAACUUUAUUAAUAACGGGUAUUGUUUCAUUUCCUAUGGCGGACGAUUUAUUCCACUUAGUUGUUUCUAACACAAAGUGGAGAAAACAUCAUUAAUUGUCAACAUGUUUAUAUUUUUUUGCAAUAAAUGUUUUUGGUCAAAGACUGCGGAAAAUUCAAGCAAAUUCUAUUUUUCGAACUGCGGUCACGUCUUCUGUCAGUCCUGCACGCCAACGGGGCUAUGCCAUAUUUGCAAGGCACCCUACGUAGCCAGGACAAUCGACGCCAAUAUGACCAAAUCUAUGGCCGUAUAUUUUGAGUCGACGGUAAAUACAUUUCGUCGGUUUCAAAAAAUCGUUCAAUUUCAAAUCAUGCAGGAUUCUUUAAACGCGCAUUACUACGUCAAUUGCUUGCCGCUUCAGAUCAAAGCUGCGCAAAAGAAACUUAAAGGCAUGUUGCGAAUCGAUGCACAUCUGGAUGAGAAAUUAGCGCACGAAACCACACGCAUUGAGAAAUUAAAGGCUUAUUUAGCUUAUAAUAAGCGAAGUUUACAAGAGCGACAUCAGCGUCCGACACGCGGUCGCUCUGCAACGUCGUCCGCAUACAGCAGAGUUAGUAGUCAGAAUUCACGCCCUGAGACACCAACAAUAAGCACUUUAUCGGACGUUACAAUGUCCAGCGCCAAUUGCACAAAAAGUACAAAUUUAAGCGAUCAAAGUGACUCAUUCUUAGAUCAUGUUCGGAACGAUUUCACUAUAUAAAGUUUGAAAUGAAAUUGCUUGAAUAUUAAUGAAUAAAACUCAAAAAACUGCAAAAUAGCUUUAUCUUACCAACUGAA